AUUCGAGGCACUUGCGGCUUGUCUGCAGCGCUAGGAGAAAAGAGGAGAGAAAGAGAGAACCUCACCUCCUCAAACAGCGAGUGAGGUAGAGGAGAAAAAGAGACAGAGCGCGAGAGGAAGACAAGAGGCUGUGGAGUAAAACGGAAAGACAACAGCGGCUUGGACCUCCAGCACAGGAGUGUUUAAUUGUCUGCAGCUUUAUUGUAAAGUGUCUAAUUUCCACACAGAUCCGACAUGUCAUCGUCCGGUAAAGACAACAGCGGUGCCCAACAUGCCAAUUACGUGGGACCUUACCGUUUGGAGAAGACGCUCGGGAAAGGACAGACAGGGUUGGUCAAGCUGGGAAUCCACUGUGUAACAUGCCAGAAAGUCGCCAUAAAGAUUGUCAACCGUGAGAAACUCAGUGAGUCAGUACUAAUGAAGGUGGAGCGAGAAAUAGCUAUUCUGAAGCUCAUAGAACACCCGCAUGUCUUAAAGCUACAUGAUGUCUACGAAAAUAAAAAAUACUUGUACCUUGUGCUAGAACAUGUGUCUGGUGGUGAGCUGUUUGACUACUUGGUGAAGAAGGGCAGGUUAACACCUAAAGAGGCCAGGAAAUUCUUCAGACAGAUCAUGUCUGCCCUGGAUUUUUGCCACAGUCAUUCCAUAUGCCACAGGGAUCUGAAGCCUGAGAACCUGUUGCUAGAUGAAAAGAACAACAUCAGGAUAGCAGACUUCGGCAUGGCCUCCCUUCAGGUCGGCGACAGUCUGCUGGAAACCAGCUGCGGAUCUCCACACUACGCCUGUCCAGAGGUCAUCAGGGGAGAGAAGUAUGAUGGGAGGAAAGCAGACGUCUGGAGCUGUGGGGUCAUUCUUUUUGCCCUGUUGGUGGGUGCCCUGCCGUUCGAUGACGACAACCUGAGGAAUCUGCUAGAGAAGGUGAAGUUGGGAGUGUUUCACAUGCCACACUUCAUCCCUCCAGACUGUCAGAACCUCCUCCGUGGCAUGAUCGAAGUGGAUGCCACCAAAAGAUUAACGUUAGAACAGAUCCAGAAGCACACAUGGUACAUAGGGGGGAAGAACGAACCAGAACCAGAGCAGCCGGUGCCCAGGAAGGUGACCAUCCGCAGCCUGCCCUCCGCAGACGACAUCGACCCAGACGUACUGGACAGCAUGCACUCCUUGGGCUGCUUCAGAGACAAAAACAAACUACUGAAAGACCUGCUCUCAGACGAUGACAACCAAGAAAAGAUGAUCUACUUCCUGUUACUGGACCGUAAGGAAAGGUACCCCAGUCAGGAGGACCAGAACCUUCCCCCUCGCAAUGAGAUUGAUCCCCCAAGGAAGCGGGUGGACUCUCCGAUGUUGAACCGUCACGGCAAGAGGAGACCGGAGAGGAAGUCCAUGGAGGUCCUCAGUGUCACAGACGGAGGCUCACCUGUACCAGCGAGGAGGGCUAUUGACAUGACACAGCAUGGACAGAGGUCGCGGUCUAUUAGUGGAGCCUCCUCUGGCCUCUCCACCAGCCCCCUCAGCAGCCCACGGCCUGUCAGAAAGUUCUGUGUACCACCUCAGUCCCCAGACUUGGCGCAGUCCCCGAACACAAGCCCCUGUCCAUCCCCUGAGCCCACCCCCAAUCGCACAGGCCCGCGUAUCUCCACCCCCAACUCGCUCGCUCCAAACAGCGAGCCCCUGCCAGACUCACUCAACAAGACGCAGACACUCCCUGCCAAACCCAAAGUCGUCCCCAAGCCCCUCCAAGCCACGCGGUCCAACCCGCUCCCCGAAUCCUCCCCAGAUCCAGCAUCAGCCAGAUCAGAGCCCUCCACUCCUUGCCAGCUCCCGAUGCAGCCACCCUCUGCCUCCGUACCCCCCACCCCUACUUCUCCGUCCUCCCCGUCCUCCCCCUUUUCCCCGUCCUCCAUCUCCAGUUCUCCCAUCCCGAACAGCCCCCAGGUACGGCGCUCCCAUUUUGCUGCCAACCCCCAGCUCUCUGUGCCCUUCAGCCCAGUGGUGCCCCUGUCGCCCAUCCGGCUGCACCACUUUCACCCCGUGCCACCGGCGCCUUCUUCCUUCAUUGACCACCCGCCCAAAUCUAUCCCCCUCAUACAGGUCACCCCUCACCCCUCCCCUCGAGGCAGCCCCCUCCCUACCCCAAAGGGCACCCCGGUGCACACUCCCAAGGACAGCCCGGCCGGGACGCCCACCCCAACGCCGCCCCCCAGCCCUUCCAUCGGAGGCAUGCCUUGGAGGACGCGCCUCAACUCCAUCAAAAACAGCUUCCUGGGCUCACCACGGUUCCACCGCAGGAAACUCCAAGUUCCCACACAAGAGGAGAUGUCCAGUCUCACACCAGAGUCUUCCCCAGAACUUGCCAAAAAAUCCUGGUUUGGUAACUUCAUCAACCUGGAAAAAGAGGAGCAGAUCUUCAUCGUCAUCAGAGACAAGCCUCUCAGCUCCAUCAAGGCAGACAUCGUUCAAGCCUUUCUCUCGAUCCCCAGCCUGAGCCACAGUGUGAUCUCUCAGACCAGUUUUCGAGCAGAGUACAAGUCCACGGCCGGCCCUACGGUUUUCCAGAAGCCGGUGAAAUUCCAGGUGGAUAUCACCUACACGGAGAGCACAGCUGCCACCAAGGAGAACGGCAUCUACUCUGUCACCUUCACCCUGCUCUCAGGACCCAGCCGGCGCUUUAAGCGAGUAGUGGAGACGAUUCAGAGCCAGUUGUUAAGCACACAUGACCAGCCAGGGGUCCAACAGCUGUCUGACGAGAAGAACGGACAGGUGCCCUACCCCUCUGGCACACCCACCAAGCGCUGCCCCUCGCCCAUGCACGUCCGGAGGCACGAGCCGGAACAUAAUGACACCAAAUGCCCCGCCGCGGGCCGAGACAGAGCCAAGUUGGCGAUGGCGUCCGUGGGGACACUGGAGGAGUCAUAGGUCGAGAGGCUGUGUAGUCGAGCCAGCGCUAAAAACCCAUCCCAGUAUCACUAUAAGAGAAUAUCCUAUCUGUACAUAGCUAGAUGUACAUAUCAUUUAUGGACACUUUUUUUGUAUAAAAUGACUUUAUAUAGAUAGAAAUAUAUUAAGAGAAUCAAAGUGAUAUUUUACAAACAGUAUACUGCACCUACAUGACACACACACACUCCUGUCCUUCCACUCCCCCUUUCAUUAUCCACCAUCAUCAUCAUCCACCCCUCUGCCCCAACCAUCUGAUCGCCCUGUGGCUCUGUUUUUUGCUCCGUCGCUGCUAACCUGUGUGAUGACCUGACUUGUUUCUGAUACCAGGAAUUAUCCAGAAAACCUAUUAAGCCCCUCCUCCUGCUCCUUCCCUCCACCACCACCUCCACCACCACCUCCACCCUCCCCCCACGAGCGUGCCGAGAAGGGACGGACAUUUGUUGACGGAGGACUGCUUUUAGAGGUGCGCUGGAAGGAAAAAAAAAAGGGGAGGAGGGGGUGGUGGUGGUUACCAUGGAAACAGACCCUUCAUGCAGACUUCUACCUUCAUCUCCCUCUGCGCCACCUUCUCCACCUCUGGCAGCCAUCAGUAGAAGUAGAUGAAAAUACCUUUAGUGCCCCCCCCCCAUCUUAGGAUCACACACACACACACACACACACAUACACAUGUGCACAACGAAUCCACACAAAUCCCAAUGAGACAAGAACGCACAUUCCCUUCACCAACCGGCCCCCUUUUUUCCUCUCGAGGAGCAUCAAUUGGAGACAUUUUACAAAAAGACACUACAUACACAACCCAUGUAUGUAUGUAUGCACAGAAAACUCUGGGAUGUAUUAACAAGAACAACAACAACAACAACAACAACAACAACAACAACGAAAAAGAAGACAUGCAGAGACUGAUUCAGAGGAGGAGAGAAGGGGGAGGAGUUUUGUGGAAAAGCCCAAACAGCCGACGCGGAUGCUUGCUGGAUUGUAUUUGUUUGCUUUUUAAUGUACUUUCUUUGUGAAGAACUGGGUUUAAAAUACUAACUGACUUUAUUAGACUUAAUACUAUUGCUGCAAACGGACUGGAAUUGUGAUUUCAGAGAGGAGCUGGGUGUGAGCAGAACCGGGCAGGGGGGGCAGAGGGGGAGAUGAUAUGAUAGCUAUAGGGUUGGGGGGAGGGCCGCGGGUGGGUAUUUGGGUAUUUAAAAUGAAUGAUCUAUUCUGUUGUACAGACUGAUAUCAUUUCUUAUGUAUAAAAAAAAUGAAAUGUCUAGUUGUGACACUAUGUUUAGAUACCAUAGGGUCAGGUUGGUAAACCUGCGCCUGCCACAUACUGUACUUUUAAAUUCUUCUGUGUAUUUUUGUUACAUGAUCAUUUUCUGUCUUCUGUUCGAUUGACCUAAUAAUGAUCCAAACAUUCCUGUUUGUGUUAUCUGCAGCACUUUGUCUUUGGUUUUCCAUUUAUACCUCUCUCUUAGUCUCACUUACCAGCAGUAGGAGUAGAGGAACAAAAAAAAGGACAAAAAAAAAGACAACGUGAUAAAUGCAAUUGUGGAUAUUUUUGUAUUUCUGUCCUUAUUUAUUCAUGUUUGUUCAUCUCACUGUUUGAUUUCCUAAUUUAUUAUAACUUGGCUAUUUAUAUGAACAAAGCUGUUAGGUCAGUUGAAUGUUAUUUAUUACCCUCUUGUGUGUUCGUAAAUGGGGCAACAUUUAAAGAAAAUAAUGAACUUUUUUUUUUCUUUUGUUUUGGUCUGCAUUUAACAGAAUUAUGUGACAAGUCACAAAUUCUCUUUUUCCCUGAUGUCUCCGAGGAGGGAAAGAGAACUUGUAUGAACUCUUGAAAAAAAAUUAUUUACCAGUAAUUUAAGAAUGUAGACUUAGCCUCUUUUUGGAGAGGGAAUAUGCUCUUCUAUUGAUAUUUGUCAGUUUCAUAUUAUUGUGCGUGUAGGCCAGGCCUGAGGAGAAGGACACCACAGAUCCCAAUCUACUUCUUCUCUUUGUAAAUAUACAGACAAACCGUGGGGGUUGUCUUCUCAACCAUGCUGGGGAUUCCUGCUCUAUGCUUUUAGCUUGUAUUGCUGUGUGCAUGUCAAACAUGAGCUUUUCUUUGCAUGGCUUUAGUGUUCAUGUUCCAUGCCAAACUCACUCCUUCUCUCAGCCUUCAUUGAUUCUCUCUCUCUCUCUCUCUCUCUCUCUCUUUCUUCUCUCUCUCUUCUCUCUCUCUCUCUCCACAAAACUACCUUUUAAAUGUUUUAAAUUCCCCCUCUGUCCCCUACUUUUCACCCUCUCUGCUUUGAUUUCUGGCCUUCUUUUUUUUUUUUUUUAAUUAUUCCCUCGCUCCUGCUUAAUCCCUCCCCUUCCUCCUCCUCUUAUCUUGUGCACAAAGUUUUUGAACGAUGCUUCCUUUACUCUGUACCUCUCGCUGGAAGGCUCGGAGGUCUGGGCUCUCUCUACCUGUCGAAGGUAGACGAGGCACAGUGAGGGGAUAUCAGUACACAAACACAAAGCAAUACCCUAUCGUUCACCCUCCUUUCUGUUUUCUACAAUGGGAAGCUAGCAGCACCAAGGACAUCUGAUGAUUCUGAGGCCAAGAGCGGUCUUCUGACAGAGCAGGAACAAAACAGACUGAUGUAAUCCCCAUAUAAAAUAACUGUGAGCAUCUUCAGUGCUGAAACAAAUAAACUCAUUAAGUUAUGGUGUGUUUGUUUUUACUUCUUUUGUGCCUAAAUGUAUGCGGCAAGUGAGAACCUGAAGUAAACAUCACUAUAAAACCAUAUGGUCAGGGUUUUCUCGAUAUUAAAAUAUAAAAAGUGCUCCAAAUUUAAGAUUAAUGUACUGUAAUUAUCUCUUCUCCCAAUUUAAUUUUUCUUAUUUCGCCCUCACAGAGUUUUCUGUAAGAUUGUUUCAUUAAAUCAUUUUUUUAU